GACAAAAGGGGACAACUUCACAAGGAUGGGGACAAAGUGCAGAAAUGUCACUCGAACUGACAGAAUCGUUGGGUCCACCAGAGGGACAAAACCAGCCAAUACUAGUCGAAGUUGAGGUAAAUCAGAUCGAUGGAAGAGAAGAUGCGACAGCAUUUGUUGAAGGUGGAGAGGAAAGUGGAGACAUGUCAAUUCAACUGGGGCAGACCAGAAUGAGGCAAGUGGACGUUACGGUGACACCGUUGGUAAGAAGAGAAGAUGCCUCAACUUUUAAGGCUUUUGAGGAAGGAGAAGGACAAGGAAAUUUGGAGGUGACAAUGGGAUGUAGUGUUGGAGAGGAAAGUGCAGAAAUGGGGCAGAUAAGGUCGCAACUUACAAUGGGGGAGACAAUGUUUACUGAACUUGUGGGGGACGAUAUUGUGAUGGGUAGAGAUGCCGCACCGUUCAGGGACAACGCAGUCGGAGUUGCGCAGGACAAGGCUAACAUGAAUCUUAGGAAAGCUGGGGAUUCAAUAUAUAUUGGGCGGAUAUUCCAGAACAAAGGCGAGUUGCAUAAGGCAUUAACUGUGUACUCUAUAAAAAGGCUAUUCAAUUUCCGAAUAAAAGCUUCCGACAAGACGCGUGUAAUUGCAGUAUGCCAUGAUAAAAAAUGUAAUUGGAGGGUAUAUGCAACGUUUCACGAGAACUCGGAGAAUGUGGAAAUUCGAACAGCGAGUCUAAGACAUAGUUGUGAUGUGAAAGUGCGGUCAAAGUACGGGAUGAAAGCAACACGAUCGAUUCUAGGCGAGUUGCUAAAAGCAAAAUAUGCGCAUGGAAAGAAGGGACCUAGAGCCUGUGAACUACCAGAGAUAGUAUUGGCUGAACUAAACGUUACCAUAUCAUACAUGAAAGCUUGGAACGCGAAAGAGAUGGCAAUGAAAAAAGCUCGUGGCAGUGAAGAAGAAAGCUAUAAGUUCUUGCAGACAUAUCUCCAUCUGUUAAGGACAACUAAUCCAGGUACGCUGUCCACAGUCCAUACGGAUUAUACUGAGGAGGGGGAAAUCCGUUUCAAAUAUUUAUUUUUUGCGUUUGGGGCUUCAGUUGCUGGGUAUAAGUAUUUGCGGAAAGUAAUAGUGAUAGAUGGAACACAGACUAAAGGAAAAUACAAAAGCUGUUUAGUUGCUGCCAGUGGACAAGAUGGAAAUUAUCAAAUAUUCCCAUUGGCAUUCGGAGUCAUUGACAGUGAGAACAUCGCAGGGUGGACGUGGUUUUUCAAACAACUGUUACAGUUUGUCCCUGAUGAAGACGAUCUUGUCUUCGUCUCCGACAGACAUGCGGCCAUAUAUGCUGGACUAAGGACAGUGUAUCCACUUGCAAAGCACGCUUGCUGCACUGUGCAUUUAUUUAGGAACGUUGUCCACCAUUUCAAGUGUGAGGGGCUUGCUAAAAUGGUGUCCAAUGCGGCUAGAUCUUACACUGUGGGAGAUUUGCGAUAUUGGUUUGAAGAAAUUCAGAAAAGAGACAUCAAUUGUGCCAAUUAUUUGGUAGAGAUAGGAAUAUCUCAUUGGACACUUGCGUACUUCCCGGGAAUGCGAUACAAUGUGAUGAGCAGCAAUAUCUCGGAGUCCCUAAAUGCUGCAAUGCAAAAAGCCAUAGAUUUCCCGAUAGUGACGAUGGUAGAAUUCAUUAGGACUAUGUUAAUGCGUUGGUUUUACGAGAGAAGAGAAGCUGCAACUAGAACGAGGACAAGAUGUACGCCAGAGAUCGAGGAAAUGCUAAUAGAUCACCUGAAAUUAGCGACAGAUUGUGCUGUCAUAGCAGCAAGUGAAUGGAUUUAUCAAGUAAACGACGGUUUUGGUAUCGUUUUCACUGUGGAUCUAGAGAAAAAAACAUGUACUUGCAGAGUAUUUGAUGUGCUAAUGGUGCCGUGUUGUCACGCUUUAGCCGCGGUGGGGAUAAGGAACGUGGACAUUUACUCCCUGAUCGGGAACUAUGCAUUCGUGACGGAGUGGCGUAAGCUCUGGCGUGCCCAUAUUCUACCUCCGCCUAAGGAAAAAGACACGGAGGUCCCAAACGUAGUUAGUGAAAUGGUUGUGAAUCCACCAAAAACAAGAAGACCAGGCGGAAGACCAAAGACAGUACGCAUACCAUCGCGGGGAGAGUAUCAGGGCAAAGGAGGGAAGAAAAAAAAACCUAACAAAUGCACCACAUGUGGGAAGGAUGGCCACAACAGAGCAACUUGCAAAAAUCCUAUCUAAGUUUUAGGGAAUAAUAUUUCGGCGGCUUUUGGUCCAUGAAGUAUUGCGGAAAAGAGGGUUUAUCGUUACGUAGGUUGGAUAGGCCACGGGAAAUUUGUUUAGUCCAUGGCUUAACAUCCAAUUUUUUAGUCCAUGGCUUAACACGGAAAGUAUAACUAAUAUAUAUUUAUCUUUUGGUAAUUGGAUGUAGUAUGACAUGUAUGGGUAUCUUUUGGCAAGCACAUCUCACAACUUAUCGAACAAAAACUAUAUAUAUUUAUCAUA